GCGGUGUCUGCGGGCACCUUGCGGGCACCGGGGCGGGCGCUCCGUGAGCCCCGGGCCAGCAGGAGCCCGGGCGGGCACGGCCGGGGCCGGGGCAGCCGCGGUGCCCCGGGGGACGAGGCGCGGCCGCGGUGUCCCCGCCGAGCCGGCGCUCGGCCCGCGCCGAUUCCGGGAGCCCCCGGCCCGCGGCCGCGCCCCGGUAGGGCCGUGAUUGGCCGGUGCCCUCCCCGUAUGCAAAGCACCGGGGGAAUGACAUUCCUCCGCACGCCUCCGCAGCCCCGACUCGCUCCCGGCCACCUCCAGGCAGCCCGGCGGCCGCGGGCCGGGAGCGCUCCCGCCGCGCAUCCCGGCAGGAAUUCUCCUUCCCCACGGGAAGCGCCCGCCGCUCCCGCCCUGCGAACGCGCCGAGCCCGGCCCGGAGCCGCUCUCCAAAUCCGCCCGGCUACUUCGGGGCUCGAUCCGUGCUUGCGCCUCUCCUGCUCGUUCUGCGGAAGGAAAGAUCCCGCCCGUCCCAAAGCAGCGAUUUCGCUGAGCGCGGUCGUUUUUUGGGGUGUUUGGGGUUUUUUUUCGCUUUUUCAGUUUUUCUUUUUCUGCUUGCCGCCGGCGGCUCUGGGUCUCGGUGUGCGCGGCGGGCUCCGUCCCGCAGGACGAGAGGGAGAAAAGCGGCGUGUGCCAGAGCAGCCCUCCACCUGCCGCGGUUCCAAUCUUGUUAAGCAGCCGGUUCCUGUGGCCGAAUUAGAGGAAGACUGUCUGAGAUACUGAAAAAAAAAAACCAGAAUUGGCAACGAGCGCCGGAGUUGUUGCAGACUGUUGGUUUGACUGCUGAGGAGGACGGGAGCGGGAGAGAGAGAGCGCUGUUGCACACACAAAACCACAGAGAGAACCCACAAUUUAACCAACAUCCCCAGCCCCGCGUUCGCAGCUCUUGGACCUCUCAGCUCGGCGCUUGCGAUCGGCUCUGACUUUUCCUUAAGUUAAUGAAAAGCCUUGUACCAAAGACAGAGGUUUGAAGCUUAAAGCCACGCAGCGAGCUUUUCCUUUUUUUCUUUUUUUCUUUUAUUUUUUUCCUUUUUGCGCAAGAAUGACUGAAAGGUCAUGACACGAGCGCUCGUAGAGCAACUCCAAGCGAACUACUGAAGCUCAUUUUCAAGGCUGCUUUAAAAAAAAAGAGAGAAGGAAAAAAAAAAAGAGAUAAAAAGCAAAUCUGGCGGAGAACAUUAAUGGAUUCCUGUUGUGUUUAAAUUCUCUACAGAUUCAGUUGUAAAUAUUUGAUGAAGUCCGGUAGCUGUGCGUGUGCGUGAGUGUGUGGCCGUGAAUUCCUGCCCGGUGGUGGCCGGCUGCCCUUGGCGAUCCGCCUCCUCUGAGGAGCAACCCCUCGUUCCCCUCCAAGGGCGAGUUUUGCCUCCGGAAGACGCCGGCGCGUUUUGGUUUCUCUUGGGAGCGGGUAGAAAUCACCUGGAAGGAGCCGGGGGUCAGCGCAGGCUCCGGUGCUCGCUCGCCUCCCUUUUCUCGCUUUUUCCCGGGACUUUGGGAUGAGCUCCGGCCCCGCGCACUUCCCGCGUCCCGCCCGCGCUAAAGCCGCGCCCGCACGACCCUCGCGCUUAUCGGAUUAACGGGAUCUGUUCCGCCCGGCCGCGAAGCCCAGAGUUGAGGCUUUAACCAAAAAAAAAGAGAAUUAACUCGGGGGGGAGCCUGGCGCAGGAGCAGCCUCAGCCCGCGCCCGUUUAUGUUGGUCCCCAGAGAGCGGCUCGCCGAGGAGUCGCGCUCUGUAGGAACUCAGCGGAGGUGUUGUGUGGCUCUAAAGGCUUGUUGUGAUGCGUAUCCCCGUAGAUACCAGCACCAGCCGCCGCUUCACGCCGCCCUCCACCACGCUGAGCCCGGGGAAGAUGAGCGAGCCGCUGGCGCUGCCCGGCGCCGAGCACGGCGGGGCUUUGCCGGGGAAGCUGCGCGGCGCCGACCGCAGCAUGGUGGAGGUCCUGGCGGAUCACCCCGGGGAGCUGGUGCGCACCGACAGCCCCAACUUCCUCUGCUCCGUGCUGCCCACGCACUGGCGCUGCAACAAGACGCUGCCCAUCGCCUUCAAGGUGGUGGCCCUGGGGGAUGUCCCCGACGGGACCCUGGUGACGGUGAUGGCCGGGAAUGACGAGAACUACUCGGCGGAGCUGCGCAACGCCACGGCCGCCAUGAAGAACCAGGUGGCGCGGUUCAACGACCUGCGCUUCGUGGGCAGGAGCGGCAGAGGGAAAAGCUUCACUCUGACCAUCACAGUCUUCACAAAUCCUCCCCAAGUAGCCACGUACCACAGAGCCAUCAAGAUCACGGUGGAUGGACCUCGGGAACCCCGAAGACAUCGUCAGAAAAUAGAUGAGCAGACAAAGCCCGGCAGCUUGUCCUUUUCCGAGCGCCUGAGUGAGCUGGAGCAGUUGCGUCGCACGGCCAUGAGGGUCAGCCCACACCACCCAGCCCCCACACCCAACCCUCGAGCCUCCUUGAACCACAGCACAGCUUUUAACCCUCAGCCUCAGAGUCAGAUUCAGGACGGCCGGCAGGUGCAGCCCUCGCCGCCCUGGUCCUACGAGCAGCCGUACCAGUACCUGGGCUCCAUCGCGGCGCCCGCCGUGCACCCCGCGACGCCCAUCUCGCCCGGCCGCGCCGGCGGCGUCACCGCGCUCACCGCGGAGCUCUCCAGCCGCCUCUCGGGCGCGUCGGACCUGACGGCGUUCAGCGACCCCCGGGUGGGCAUCGACCGCUCCUUCCCGGCGCUGCCGUCCAUCUCCGACCCCCGCAUGCACUACCCGGGCGCCUUCACCUACGCGCCCACGCCCGUCAGCUCCGGCAUCGGCAUCGGCAUGUCGGCCAUGUCCACGGCCUCGCGCUACCACACGUACCUGCCGCCGCCCUACCCCGGCUCCUCGCAGGCGCAGGGCGGCCCCUUCCAGGCUGGCUCCCCCUCCUACCACCUCUACUACGGCACCUCGGCCGGCUCCUACCAGUUCUCCAUGAUCUCGGGCGGGGAGCGCUCGCCGCCGCGCAUCCACCCGCCCUGCACCAACGCCUCCACGGGCUCGGCGCUGCUCAACCCCAGCCUGCCCGGCCAGAGCGACGUGGUGGAGGCCGAGGGCAGCCACAGCAACUCGCCCACCAACAUGGCCAGCACGGCCAGGCUGGAGGAGGCCGUGUGGAGGCCCUACUGAGGGGACGGGGACGAGCUCCGGGGUCAGGACCGACGGGUUCCCGCUCUGGGAAAACUUCCCUGCCGCGUUCAUCCACGAGUUUGAGGAGCGAACCCUUCCGAAGCCGGCGCUCCCAGGGCCUGGUGGAGCCACGUGGAGCAUUCCCGGCGGGAGAACGAGCUUCUGGAAGGGAGGGCGGCCCAGCUGAAGGUAGCGAGGGUGGCUGGAAGGGAGUCCAGCCUGAUUCCAGGCCCGUGGCUUCCCAACGUGCCUGGGCUUGAAGGUCUCCGCAGCCCUGAAAGAGAGUUUCGGUUCAAUUCUAUUUUUAAGACUUAAAACCUUCCAAAAAAAAAAUCUUAAAAAAAAAAAAAUCCCCCGUAAAACCAAAAAUUAAUCUUGGCGAGUUUACUGCAUCUUAUGGACGUCUUAAGUGUAAGGAAGUAUAGGAAGAUUCCCUGAGGGAAACUGUGAACGCUUCUGUUUUAGCAAUGCUGUGAAUGAGAGGUUUUAUAUGUUGGACUUCAUUCUUUCUUUUCUUUGUUUUGUUUGUAUAUUCCAAAGGAUAUGGAAUUUUUUUAUUACUGGGGUUUUUUUUUGUUUUGGGUUUAGUUUUUUUGGUGUUUUUCGGUUUGGUUUGGUUUUUUUUAGGAUGCAGCUCAUCCUGCUUUGCAUCUAAUUUGUUUUAUUUCUCUUGGCACCUUAAAAGUUGCAAAAAAAAAAAAGAUUUUGCUCUUUUUUUUUGUUUUAAUCAUGCUUGCUUCUUUCUUGCUUUGUCAACUGAAAGAAUCAGCCCCCUUUUCAAUGAGUUAAUUUAACGUUUUAUCUCUUGGAUUUUAUUUUUUUUUUUUAACACAACGGCUACAGCCUUGGGUCAUUUUCAACUACUGUAUUUCUUUGAUGAGUUCAUUGAUAUUUAUGCUUGAUAUUUAGACUUUUCUUAUUUGUUGAUACUAUUAUUAUUUAAAUAUGCCUAUAUUAAAAAGAAGAUAUCAGCAAUUGCCUUUACUUGGUAGCAGCCAAAGUCAAAUUCCUCACAUUGAAAAAGGCUGGAAUAACGAUGGGCAAAAGUGACCUCCUAAUUCCCUAAAAAUAUUGUUUACAAUGAUCUCACUCUCAUUUUACUCAGCUCAGAUCCUCAAAGGCAUUGAGGUGCCCAAUUCCUGCUGGAAGGCACCAAAAUCCCUGGGAAUUCCUGUGCCUUUCCAAGGGUGGGCUCAUCUCUCCCUCCUCCUUCUUUGUGGUAACAAAGGAUCAGGAUCAGGAUCAGGAUCAGGAUCAGGAUCAGGAUCAGGAUCAGGAUCAGGAUCGGGCUGUAGAUACUUCCUAAGGCAAAUUGAAUAUUCCCUAAUUAAAUACCUGCCCACUGCAGGGACAGGAGCCAGGGAAUGGCUUCCAGUGCCAGAGGGCAGGGCUGGAUGGGAUCUUGGAAAUCAGGAAUUGUUCCCUGGCAGGGUGGGCAGGCCCUGGAAUAGAAUUCCCAGAGCAGCUGUGGCUGCCCCUGGAUCCCUGGCAGUGCCCAAGGCCAGGCUGGAGCAGCCUGGGACAGUGGAACGUGUCCCUGCCCGUGGCAAUUUUGGUGGAUGAGCUUUGAGAUCCCUUCCAACCCAAGCCAUUCCCUGGUUCUGUGAUUCCCGUGGCGAGGGGAAAUCCUGGCUCUGACGGAAUCUGGGUUUGCUCCCAGGAUUUCUGUGCAGCACAAAAUCCACGUCCCAGUCCCCUGGCAAACAGAUCCCCGCCUGCACAGGGCUCACGCUCACCUGGAAAGCUCCAGAAAAGCCAGGGCCUGGCCAAUCCUUCCAUUUCCAUCUCCUGGGAGGAGAGGAGGGCUGUGGAAAGUUGGUGCAGCCAAUGUUGCGCCCUGUAGUAAAUCUACAAGGCUUUUACUACGAGCAGGCUCAGCACGGAGCCGUCACCGCCGCCCGUCCGUGUCCCAGCACAAACAUAUCAGAUGUCACUGUAACGUUUUUGGCACUAUUUUAUUGAGGGCUUGCUCUGAACGCAGCUCUUGUACUACUCCUGAACUCCAGACUGCUGAUGUUGACACGUGUGCGUCCCAAAUGAGCUGACUGUUAUUUAAUGUAUCUCUCAAACCAGAGAAACAAUUGCAGGUCAGCUCAGAGGGUAUUUGAAAGCAGGGCUUCAGAUCAGUGUUUGAUGCUUAAAAAAAAAGAAAAAAAAAAAAAAAGUUAAAAGGAUUCAAAAUUAAAAAGAUCCUUGGCUGCAGGCAGCAAAACAGCUGGACUUAUUUAAAACCAUUUGUUUUUCGAGUUUUCUCUUUUUUAUAUAUAUAUAUGAUUUUGCUUCUUUGUUUCGUUUGGAUGCAGUAGCACUUUGGUAUUGAAAAGAAGAAUUUCCAUUGUCAAUAAGGUCGUUUUUGUGCAGAAAAUAGGGAGUGUUUCAAGAGAUCUCAGCAAAAGCCCAGAAUGUUCCUGUUAAAACACAUGGCCUCGUGCUUUUCAUUUAAUGGAAUAUCCUUUAUAAUCUUCCAGGGUUUGCUCUGAAAAAGGACAGAAAAUGUCCAGAUUCUAUCAGAAAUAUAUUUUGAAAGUCUGGAGACCCUGCUGAAUACAGAAAGAGAGAGACCCCCAUGGUUGUAGCAUUUCCACAGUUGGACUCUCACCUCUUCAGUACCCUAAAAAAAAGAAGUCCCACAUCACUGAGCAGUAGCUCUGCUGCAGAAUCCAUUCGGCACAUUCUGUGCAAUUCAAGCCCUAAUUGAUUACAGCUCUCAAUUAAAAUGGUAAUUGAUUACAGCUCUCACAUCUGCCUUGUGACUGGACCACCAACGUGCACGGAGCUGGGAGAGGAAACACAGCAAGGAGAGGAGCUUGGAGGAGCCAGGAAGGGCCAGGUGACCUGGAGAGGGAAUUUUAACAAAAGCACGGAGUGACAGGACAAGGGGGAUGGUGUUAAGAUGAAGGAGGGCAGGGUUAGAUGAGAAAUUUGGAAUAAACUCAUCCCUGUGAAAUUUGUGAGGCCCUGGCACAGGGUGCCCAGAGAGGUUGUGGAUUCCCCAUCCCUGGCAGUGCCCAAGGCCAGGCUGGACACUGGGGCUGGAGCAGCCUGGGACAGUGGGAGGUGUCCCUGCCACGGCAGGGGUGGCACUGGGUGGGCUCUGAGGUCCCUUCCAACCCCAACCAUUCCAGGAUUUGAUGAUUCCAUGAGUUCAGCCCGGUGGCAGAAGUGAGGUCAGUGUGGUCACCAAGGUGAGGUCAGUGUGGUCACCAAGGUGAGGUCAGGUCAGUGUGGUCACCAAGGUGAGGUCAGUGUGGUCACCAAGGUGAGGUCAGUGUGGUCACCAAGGUGAGGUCAGUGUGGUCACCAAGGUGAGGUCAGGUCAGUGUGGUCACCAAGGUGAGGUCGGUGUGGUCACCACAUUCCCAGGCCUGGGGGACACCACAACCUCCCUUCUGUUCAGCCCUUUGAGCCCCCAGAAUUCAAACCCACCCACCCUGGAAGCUAAAAAAUCAGGGAUUCACAGGAACAGGGAGUUGGGAACUCUCAGAGCCUAAAUCAAACAUCUCUUAUGUCUGUGCCUCUCCUUUGUCUCCACCCAUCCUAAAGGUGAGGUUUAAUUUGGCUCUCCCUGCUGUGGACGGGGUGAGGAAAUACAGAACUGGUCACCACCACGUUUCCCUGUGUCCUUAAUGACACUUUUCUGGGAUUUCCCCAUGUUUCCCAUGUUUUUAUUGCCAGCAGCCAAAUUUUGGAGCCCAGCCUCUCUGGGUAGGUCCAGCGCUGCAAAGGAAAAGAAAAGCCAGGCUCAUUAUCCCUGGCAAUUAAUCAGUUUAAUCCCUGUGGGUUUCAGUGUAUCCAUCAGAAACCACAGUUUCCUCAAAUAUUUGGUUUUGUAGCCAUCACUAAAGAUGGCAAGGCUGUGAAAAUGCUCUUCUGUCUUUCCUCUUGUAUUUAAGAGCACUUAUCAGGCAGAAAAAAACACAUUUGGAUAAAACAUUUCCCCCCAUCCCCAUCUCCAAAUUCGAGUGUGUAAGUAUCUAUUUUUAUAUGGAUAUAAUAUGUAUAUAUUUAUAUCAUUUUAUCAUCCCAGGAGCUGAAUAGAAUCAGAAAAAUAGAUUUUUUUGUGCUUCUGCUCUGGAGCUGCAGUCAGCAGAGUGCUUUAGGUACCUCAUCCUCCCAAAAUCCAGCUCCUGGCUGUCCUUCCUCUCAACUUGGAUGCUCCUUUCACAACUCCUUGUCCAUGUCAAACACCUCCAACGUAAAUUUUGCUGCCUCUGAGGACAAUAUUUCCCUUUCCAACCUCAUUUGAGCUCAUUGAAGAGUUCCUGCUCACUCCAAGGGCAUUGGAGAGGAGCUUUGGUGCAGGGAGAAGAGGAUGCAGAGAGCACCCCUGCUCUGAAGGGUUUGAUUUGUAGAAAGAUGCCAAAUUCUCAUCAUUUGUAGAAAGAUGCCAAAUUUCCAUCAUUUGUAGAAAGAUGCCAAAUUUCCAUCAUUUGUAGAAUGAUACCAAAUUCUCAUCAUUUGUAGAAUGAUGCCAAAUUCUCAUCAUUUGUAGAAUGAUGCUAAAUUCUCAUCAUUUGUAGGAUGAUGCCAAAUUCUCAUCAUUUGUAGAAUGAUGCCAAAUUCUCAUCAUUUGUAGAAUAAUGCUGAAUUCUCAUCAUCUGUAGAAUGAUGCCAAAUUUUCAUCAUUUGUAGAAUGAUGCCAAAUUCUCUGCCGGGAGAGAGAGAAACCCUCUCCUCCAAACAGCCCAGAGCCUUUGCCAAAACGUCCCAAAUUCCCUCUUGAAACAUUCUCUGCUGCUUCCUGGGUGACCUUUUCCACGGGUGUGUUUGAAAUUCAGGGAGCAGUGGAUCCGUUUUCUGUCCUCGGAGCAAACCUCUGCCUCGUUUUCCUGCCUUGUACCAUUUUCCCCUUGGAUUUUUGUUCGCCUCGCUGGGUCAGUCCCAAGCACUCAGCAUUUUUCUCCUCAUCCUUUGAGGGUUGCAUCCCCAGAGUUACUUGUAUUUAUGUCUGUAAAUAGAUUUCCAAAGCUUCCUAGCCGAAAUAUUUAGUGCUUGUAAUUACUCUGCAUUUUUCUCAAUUUUUUUCCUGUGUUUUUAAUGAACUUACCUUUGUGUUUGCUGAAAUACUGUAGUGAGACUUAUUUCUUUUCCCAAUUAGUUAUUUUUAAGCUUCAAGAGGAACUACAUUUUAUUCACUUUUGUAAACAGUUAUAGCAUGGUCUCUAUCCAACAUCCUUCACUUUUUUGUGGUAAGGGAGAACCAAAAAAAAAAUAAAAUCUGUGGGUUAUUUGUGGUAUUUUGGGUUGGACAAUUCCAGCUCUUUUUAAAACCAAAAUUUCAGUGCAGGGUGGUGAGGCUGAGGGGGGACACAGCCCCCUCAGAGUGGCACCAAAGGGAAUUUGUUCAGCAUUUUCUGGCUCUGUUUACAAAACAUUUUCCCUUUCACGCUGAACUUUUCCUGAAGGGGAAACCAUCAGGUUGGGGAUUUUUUUUUUGGGGGGGGGGGGUUGAUUUCCAGGGAUUUUUCUUCCUGGGAGGGAGGGAGGGCAGGGGGUGGCUGCUGAUUUUUGGAACCAGAUAGGAAAAGAGAAUAGAGUAGAUUUUAUUUCCCCUCACUCCAGGAAUCUCUAGAUGCCACCCCAGGGUAAAUUCCUGCUGCCCACAGGGAUGGCUGUGUCCAGCACCACGGGAGAAUUCAUUACAACUACCAGAGCAGCUGGACUGCUGCAGUAGUUCUAAUGAACACUUUUCUUCCUUUUUUUUUCUUUCUUUCUUUGUACCACAGUUUCCUCUGUAAAUUCAAUAUCAUAAUUAGUGUGGAUGACAAAUAAAAAUGUUUGACAAGUA